AUGAGCGAGCUGAGUCGCCUGCUGCCUCGCGGCGAGGAGGAUACGGACUUGCUGUGCGUCGAGGUCUCCGCCUUGGGUCAGGCUCCGGUGCCGGCAACAAUACUGCCGCGCGUGUCGUGCGACGGCUGGCAGCAGCAGGAGAAGCAGGAAGUUUUCCGUGAUAGCAGCGCGGAUCAAGCGCACGAGGAGUUCUUGACGUCCCUUCUCGCCAAGACAAACGCGUACCGUCCCUUGGAGACUAGCUGGCAGGUCAUGGAGGACGCGGAGUUUCUCGACAUGCGAGGCGCCGUCGUGAACUGGUUUGCCAAGGUGUCCGUUUCGUACGACUUCGCCAACGAGACGGUAGUGGCGGCCUUGAGCCACUUCGAUAGGUAUGUUUCCCUCACCGUCACGCCGGUGAACGACCACAUGCUGCUACAGCUAGCCGCGUACGUUGCACUACUGAUCGCGUCGAAGAUGGGCGAGACGUGCCCCCUCCGGAUGAGAAGCUUGGCGAACCUUACCGGAAGGAUGUUUACGCCGCUUCAGGUAAAGCAGCUGGAAAUGGACAUGAUCUCGAAGCUCAACUUCCGCUCCCACUACCUCAAAAGGGCUCGCGCGAGGACCUGCUGGUUCCGCCACGCCCCCUACACCCUCGCCGUCGCGGCCCUGACCACCGCCUACAACUCCAUGGGACUGGGGAAGGAGCGGCGGCGGCUCCUCCGCGAGUGCGACGCGCGCGCCCGCGCGGUGACGGGGAGGGGCGUCGACGUACACGGCGUGGCGGCCUGCGCCGACGCCAUGGUGAGCGACGAGAGGGCGGCAGCGACUGCAGCGGCCGCCGCCGCCGCCGCCAGCGGCCACGCACGUGGGAGCACCGAGUCUCCGGUGUGUGGCGGCAGCAACACGGCCGCCAAGGACGGUUGGGGGUCGCCGACCGGAGUCGCUCAAGGGGCGGAGUUGCUCCAAAAGGCGGCGUUUUCGGCGGUCGGCGUCAGGGGCGACCAGGGCAUCGGGAGCGGUGGCGGCGGCAGCGGCGUGCCGCUGGUGGAAGACUUCUCGCCGCUAACGACGUUCAGCCCGCACGGAGCGGUCACGACGAAGGCGGUCGCUUCGCACGUGGUGGCCGGGAGGCGCGUCGUUCGCCGGGUGUCUUCUUCACCCCGCGGCGGCGGCGCGGCGGCGGCAAGGCCUCCUCGGGUCUCAACGUCGCCGUGGGACAUCGCAGCGCCGCCACUUCCGGCGAGGGCGGGCCCAGAGCCGCGACGGGUAUCUACCUCGCCGCUGGAUGUGGAGCGGGUGGCACCUCGGCGGGCGCCCGUCGUCGCGGUGCAGGCGUACCCGGACCUGCCGGACGCGUCACGCCGGCAGAGCGUCGGCGUCGGCGGCGGGGGAGGGCAGAAGCGGCGGCUCCACCAGUCUUCCGGCAGCUGCUUCGUGCCGUGCGCCCGCCGGCGGCGGUCAGUCGAGGGGAAGGACGUCCGCCGGGUAGAGGUCGCCGACGCCGGCGGCAGCGUCGGGGGCGAACGGGUAGAGGAAGACGCCGCCGGGCGGGGUUACCACGGCGGAGAGUACUUGCAAGGCAGCAUCGCGGAGGGCCUAGACCAGAGGCAGCAAGGCUGUGCUCAGGCUCCGGCGGCAAGGGGACGGCAGCAGCAGCAGCAGCAACAACGCGAAGGGGGGGGGGUAGACAGCAAGCCGGUUGGCCAGCAGCAGUCUCAAACGACAGCAUUGUGA